UCUUGCCGCCGCUGCCGCUGGCAGGAAGUGGGAGACGGGGUCGUUUGGCUCCGCGCUGCUCCGGCCGGGGCUGGGCACGGCUGGGGCGGCUUCGUGUGGGCGCGGGGGACCCGGCCAUGGGGACGUAGCGGGCCGCGGAGCCAUGCGCGGCCCGGCGCUGCCCUGCUGCUCGCUGGGGACGGUUAUCCUAACAUUUGUCUGCUUGUUGACGAAGGAAUCUGUAGAAAUUGCUCCAGUGCCAUAUAUGCUGCAAGUCCAUCAGGUACCUUUGGAUGGAACAGACCCCUCUAACCCCUUGAGGAGAGAAAAGAGGCAGGUGCAGUGUCAACUAGGACAAUAUCUACAUCCUAGAGGGACCCACUGCUGCAUGAGGUGCCAUGCAGGUACCUACAAGGCAAAAGACUGUGAUCAUGCUGACCAGGCACCUCUCUGUCUUCAAUGUCCUAAUGGCACAUUCACAGCUGUUGAUAACACCAUGUCUAAAUGCUUCCAGUGUACACACUGCCGUACACAAUUUCAGCAGAUAGUAGAGACUCCUUGCAGCCCAAAGCAAGAUACUGUGUGUGGCUGCCGGAAGAAUAAAUAUCAGAUUGGCCCCUUGGAUCUCUUCCAGUGUAGGAACUGCAGCUCCUGUGUCAAUGGGAUUAUUGUUGCCAACUGUUCAAAGAACAGAGACACAAUUUGCAGGUGUAAGCCUCACUUCUUCCUGUCAAUUAAUAAUGUUUGCAAGCCUUGCAACAGCUGCAAUGGAGAAGAAUGUUUGCAGUGUCAUAGCCCAGUGACUACCUCACCGACUUUGUCUGGGCCGAAUGGGAGCCUUAUCCUUGGCAUCAUCGUUGCAAUAUUUGGAGUUAUCUCUGUCCUGUACAUUGUAAAUAAAGUAGUGAAGCUGGUCCGGGAAAAUGGGAUAACAUCUUUCUACUCCUGUGUUGCUUUGCCGCAGACAACCAAGGAGCCAGUAUCUGAGGUUGAGGUAAAAAGGGGUGAAAUUUCCAUCCUCCUUCCUGAGCCCCAGAAGGAAACAGAAUUAUUAGUGAAUGCAGCACCACCACCUGCACCUCUGCCACAAAGUUCACAUGAGUUACCAGACUGUGUCAGACCUGCCAGGAAGACACAGCUUCCAGACAACCCUGCUAUUCUCUACACUGUGGUGGAUUAUGUACCGCCAUCUCGGUGGAAGGAGUUUGUGAGGCGUCUGGGUCUGAGUGACCACGAUCUAGAGCGAAUUGAGAUGGAGCAUCGGCGUUUACGAGAUGCCCAGUAUGAAAUGCUUAGACUGUGGAAACUGCAGAUGGGCCAUGCUGCAACUGUGGAGAACAUCAGCUGUGUUCUCAACCAAAUGGAGCUGAGUGGCUGCAGUGAAGCUAUUCAGGAGGCUUUGCUAAACCAGAACUCUCCUCAGCCUUGCAGCCUCCACAGCCAUCUUUAAUCUAUUUCUGCUUUAGUUGCCCUUGCUAUGACUGUUAGGAGGGGAUCCUAACUCCCUUCCUUCCCUGUCUUUCCAUACCUCCAUAAUCUUUCUAACACUCCUCAACUGAUUUUGUUGGAGGCGGCAGCAGGUGAUGCUGAAGGAAUGCUGAGGUUUACUACCACAUAGUUCAACACCUUUAAGCUAAGACAGACCUCUGGAACAACUCCUUUCCCAAGAAGGGAAAGCACCUCCUAAAGGAAGAGAUGUGGACUCUGACCAAGAUGAAAACAGGAGCUCAGAGUGACUUGAUAGAUCAUCUCCUUUGUGGACAAGUUGUUGCUGAAACGGCUGCUCCACCCACCGUGUGGUGGGUAAACUUGUAGGGCGACUUGGUUAAGCUGGCUGUUCAGAUGGUAAAGUACUCGCUUACUUUUUGCAGAUCUAUUUUACUGCAAGAUCAAACAGUUGAACUGGCUCACAUUGCAUCCCUUUGAUUGCCAAGUCUGACUCAAGGGAAGUGGGAGGAGGAUGUGCUUAUUUCUGGAAGCAGGAGAGGAUUGCCCCCUUUCGGUAUCAACUAGUUGUUGCUGUGGCAAAAGAAAGAGGCGGCUCUCUGAGAAACAGGACGUUACCCUUUCCACACCCCCGUUUCCCUCAAGUUCAAUAGGAAUAAGGAUUCUGAGCCAGUGAGUCAGAUAAGAGGGUUGGUGCUUUUUUUUUUCUUCAAGUUUUUUUUCCCUGUACCUGAAACCCAUGUAAGAUAGCAUUAACAAAACACCUGCUUGUGUGUUUGUCCAAGUGCAGAGGGGAAAGGAAUGCAUGCGUCUGUCUGGGUGAGAAGGUACCUGUGUUUACUGAGUAGCGUGAGCACCUCUGCAAAUCUGUGCUUGCACAUGUCUGUAGGCUUGUGUCUACCUGCUAAUCUAUCUCUGAAUGAUUUGCUGAAUCUGAUCUAACUGCAAAUGGGACUGUGUAUGUGUACAUAUAUAAAUAUAUUUUUUAACAACUGUUGAAUAAUUUCACACUACUUCCUGGACUGCAUUCUGGGAUUGCUACUUGGGUGUGAGAGCAUUCGGUACCAUCUCCAGGCUCUCAUCAGCACUUUCUCACAGGUGGGUGAAGCAGAAGUAGCAAAAAUCAAUUUGCCUGCAUCAGGUGCAGGUUAUCCACACACUUGUAAUGUGGAUUUUUGCUUUAGUCUCUCAUCCCUUGACCACAGAGAAACUUCCUAUUGUAAAUACACUAAAUGCUCCAAAUUAAAAUUUGUAUUUUUA